GUUAAUGCUAGUUGUUAUAACUGAAAUAUCAGUGGCUUAAAACAAUGGGAACUUAUUUUUUGCUCAUGUAGAUUUUAAAAUGGAUGUUUGUGGUUCAUGGGUGGCUUUCCUCUAAGCAGGAAAACCAAACUCCUUCCAUCCUGUGGCUCACCAGAUUUCACACUUGGCCUUCAAGUUCACUGUCUUUGUGUACUUCAAGCCAUGGAAGGUAAAAGCGCAUAGAGGAUCCUGUGUGGGUUUAUGUGAACAGGACUGAAACUGGGGCAUAUCUGUGCACUCGCGUCUCAUUGUCCAGAAGUUGAUUCUGUGCCCCAUCUUCCUGCAAAGGAGAUAGGGUAAUAGAGCCUAAUGCUGUCCUCUGUAGGAAGAGGCCAGCAAUCUCUGCCACAUACUCCAGACGUUUCUAGAUCACUGUAAUUUCAAGGAAGCAAUAUGGCUUAUAAAAUUUUACAACCCAGUUCAAGAGUUGAGCCAGAUUGAAUUUAAGGGAAGAGCUGGCAUGAAAGGCCACUGAUUAUAUACAGUUCCCUUCUUAACUUGUAUAACAGUUUGGGAAAUUAAAUCUUCCCCAAACAUUCUAAAAUUUCAAUCUAUUUCAGUUUUUAAAAAUAAUUCCCCUAUGAACUCUAUCUAGUCUCACUUUCAGAAUUUGGUGACUGUUAUUCCUAAAUCUAUAGCCUAUAUUGAAUAAAGAUGACCCAAAUUAUGGAUUAUGUUUUGUACUGUCUAAAAUUUCCCACCUGAAAAUUUGGUGUGAGUUUGGUAAUUCACCAAGAAUGUAGUUUACUUCAGAGUGAAAUCCAGAGUUUGGCUCACACACUCUCUCUCUCUCUUUUUUUUUUUUUCAUUUGUUUACUUGCUUGUUCUGAGUUAAAAGAGGUUCAGAAAAUUAUAGGGGUGCAUGGGUGGUUCAGUCAUUGAGUGUCUGCCUUUGGCUUAGGUUGGGAUCCUGAGGUCCUGGGAUCGAGCCCCAUGUCAGGCUCCUGCUCAGCAGGGAGUCUUGCUUCUCCUUCUCCCUCUGUCUGCCACUCCCCCUGCUUGUGCACUCUCUCUCUCUGGGUCUGUCAAAUAAAUAAAUAAAAUCUUGAAAAAAGAAGAAAAUUAUAAUUUACUAAGAGACUGUGUAGAUAAUUGUUUUGGAGAAAUUAUGCAAACUAAAUUGCUUUUUGUAUCCGUUUCCUCACUUGUUCACUCAUCCCACCGACAUGUGUUAAGGGCCUGCUAUGAUCGCCUCUCGGCCUUUCGGCUAAGAUCAAGUAUAAGGGCCUGCGAUGUAUCAGGUGGGCUUCACGCUGAGGGACAACAAGGCCCAGAGAAUUCCAUUCUUCUCAAAGUUUUUGGCCCACAACUGAUCAUGAUGGGUGUUCAAAAGAGAGGUGUAUUCCGGGGAGAGAGGGAAACCAGCUUAAUCAGGGUUAGACAAGAGUCCCUAAGGAAGAGAUAAAAAAUGCUAAGACAAGAAGGACUCCAUGGGGAUUGACUUGACUCCCAUCCAUGGAAUCCCUUCCUGGUGUCUUCUGUUCUGAUUUUUCUGUCCUUCUGCCUUGCCCAACUUUCUUGAACUUUCUCCUUAUACACAAAUAAUUUCAUUGGUUUUUUUCCUGUACCUAUAAACUUUGUCAGGGAACUGAAUUAUUCCUUGACCAUUUUUUACCUGAAAAUAUGGCAAUUUCAUAGGAUUCAACUUACAUCUAUGACAGUAUCAAGCUGAAUGUCUCCAAUCUCUUAAAAUUAUGGUAUCCCAUUACAGUAGUUUAAAAAUUUAUUUUAAGCAAUCUAUCACCAACUGAAAACAUUUCAGUUCUCCUCUAUCAAAUACUCUGAAAUCAGAGUUCAGAGUAUUUUCCCCAGACCAUUUUUUUCCAAGUUGAAUUUUAUUUUUCUCUCCUAUUCUUAAUCUUAUUUGAUGGUGAGGUCACCAUUUCCACCUCUUUGCUCUUGGAAGGACCCCCAACUCCUUUUGUCAGUUCAUUUAUUCUUUUCUCCAUGUUAUUAUCGAGAAAUAAGCUAGUUCUGUAGGCUAUCAAACUAAAAUAACAACAACUUUCCUAAAAGGAAUGAGCCCUCUUGAAGAAUGGCUUCUAAUUUCAUGCUUUUGAGGGUAAGGCAAGGUUAUGCGAAAACUGCUGAAGCUGGUAAGCUUUUAGUAUUUGUUUUCAAGACGGUUGUUAUCAAAUCUGUGAAAACAAUUUAGUUUCACACAGAUCCAUACAGCAGCACAGAGAAUUGUAAACGUAAAAUUUAAAAAAAGGUGGUGGGGGAGCGCAGACUAGAAUGAAAUUAUCACUACAAUGAAAUUAUGGUGAUUCUGAGCAUUAUGUAAGCUCAUUGGAAGAGAACAGUCUGUAUGAACCCUUUUCCCAACUUCCCACAAGGAAACUUGACCUACUCUAUCAAUCUUGGUUUAUUUAUGAUUAAAAUUAUAAAUGCACACUUGGAACGUCCUCCGUUUUCAUGCCACUUUUCCAUGGAACUUCUCAAACAGAUAAGGUUUGCUUAUAAAAGAACCCACAAGGCGCUAUCUGGUUGUGUGUGGAACCUGACGGAACUGCCACGAUGCUGCUAAUCUGGACGCUAUCACUGCUGCUGGGAGCAGUAGUAGGAAAAGAAGUCUGCUUCCCAAGACUUGGCUGCUUUAGUGAUGACGCCCCAUGGGCAGGAAUUGUGGAAAGACCCCUCAAAAUACUGCCUUGGGCUCCAAAAGAUGUCAAUACUCGCUUCCUCCUGUAUACUAAUGAGAACCCGAAUAACUUUCAAGAACUUGCUGCAGAUCCAUCAACUAUCACAAACUCCAACUUCAAAACAGAUAGAAAAACCCGCUUUAUUAUUCAUGGAUUCAUAGACAAGGGAGAAGAAAACUGGUUGUCCAAUCUAUGCAAGAACCUGUUCAAAGUGGAAAGUGUGAACUGCAUCUGUAUAGACUGGAAAAGUGGCUCCCGCACUGGUUACACGCAGGCGUCCCAGAACAUCCGGAUUGUGGGGGCAGAAGUGGCUUAUUUUGUUGAAGUUCUUCAGUCAGCGUUUGGGUACUCACCUUCCAAUGUCCACAUCAUUGGCCACAGCCUUGGCUCGCACGCAGCUGGAGAGGCGGGAAGGAGGACCAACGGGACUGUUGGGCGAAUCACAGGGUUGGACCCAGCUGAACCUUGCUUUGAGGGCACGCCUGAACUAGUCCGACUAGACCCCAGUGAUGCCCAGUUUGUGGAUGUAAUUCACACAGAUGGUGCCCCUAUAAUCCCCAACAUGGGUUUUGGAAUGAGUCAAACUGCAGGCCACCUAGAUUUCUUUCCAAAUGGAGGAAAAGACAUGCCCGGAUGUCAGAAAAACAUUCUCUCUCAGAUUGUUGACAUAGAUGGGAUCUGGGAAGGAACUCGUGACUUUGUGGCCUGUAAUCACUUAAGAAGCUAUAAAUAUUACUCUGAUAGCAUCCUCAACCCUGAUGGCUUUGCUGGAUUCCCUUGUGCCUCUUACAGCGUUUUCACUGCAAACAAGUGCUUCCCCUGCCCAAGCGGAGGCUGCCCACAGAUGGGUCAUUACGCUGACAGAUUUCCUGGAAAAACAAACGGAGUGAACCAGAUAUUUUAUCUAAACACUGGUGAUGCCAUUAGUUUUGCUCGAUGGAGGUAUAAGGUGGCUGUGACAUUGUCUGGGAAGAAGGUUACGGGACACGUGCUAGUUUCUUUGUUUGGAAAUAAAGGAAAUUCUAAACAGUAUGAAAUUUUCAAGGGUACUCUCGAGCCAGACAGCACUCACUCCAAUGAAUUUGACUCUGAUGUGGACGUUGGAGAUUUGCAGAAGGUUAAAUUUGUUUGGUACAACAGGGUGAUCAACCCAACUCGACCCAGAGUGGGAGCAUCCAAGAUCAUGGUGGAAAGAAACGAUGGAAAAGUGUUCAACUUCUGUAGUCAAGAAACCGUGAGGGAAGAUAUUCUGCUCACUCUUACCCCGUGUUAAGAUACACUGAGUCGUGUAUCUUACUGUUAAUAAAAUCUAUUGGUGAAGCA